UGACUGCGAACCUCCACCAUCCCCUGAUUCCUGAAGGCAGACACUAGACUAGGAUUUGCAAACAAGUGCUAUUACAGCCAAGAACAACAUUUGUCUUUUAGUGAUUUUUCAAGAUGAUGCAGCCUACGCCUGCACCUACAUCGCCUCCAGGUUCACCAAGGCCGAAUCACGAUGAAGAAACUAUAGUCUACCCACCUCCCCCGAAAAACAAUGGCAGUGCCCCCUUUUCAGUACUGGCCGAGUUGUUUGAGAAAUUAUCGACAGAAAGAAAACCUGAACGAAGACGACGACUUUUGGAUGUCUGGUUCAACCAUUGGAGAGAAGAAAUUGGGCAUGAUCUUUAUCCCGUUAUCCGCCUGAUCCUUCCCCAGAAAGACCGUGAGCGCGCUGUGUAUGGCCUGAAGGAGAAGAACCUCGCCAAGACCUAUAUCAAACUGAUACCACUCGGCAUAAGAGACCCAGACGCGAUCCGCUUAUUCAACUGGAAGAAGCCGACCGAAAAAGACAAAAGCUCUGGCGACUUCCCCACAGUUUUAUACGAGGUUGUGAGUAAACGAUCCUCGGUCGUCGAAGGAAGCCUGUCAGUCCAUGACUUGAACGAAAUUCUGGAUGACUUGUCCAAGAACAUGGGCAAGCAGGAUAUACAGUCCAGAAUUCUUCAGCGUAUUUACAAUCGUGCUACUGCUGAGGAACAGCGAUGGAUUGUUCGUAUAAUCUUGAAAGACAUGGUUAUUUCUGUGAAGGAAACCACCGUAUUUGGCGUGUUUCAUCCAGACGCGCAAGAUCUAUUCAACAUCUGUUCGGACCUUAAGAAGGUUGCUUGGGAGUUAUGGGAUCCUUCAAGGAGGUUGAAUGCUGAGGAUAAAUCUAUUCAAUUGUUUCGUGCAUUUGCGCCCAUGCUGUGCAAAAGGCCGACCCAUAAGAUUGAGGAUUCGGUGAAGGAAAUGCAAGGAUGCAAAUUCAUCAUCGAAGAGAAACUGGAUGGCGAGCGCAUGCAGCUGCACAAGCGCGGAAAUGAAUAUUUUUACUGUUCGAGGAAAGGGAAAGAUUACACUUACCUGUACGGACAGCAUGUCGGACAGGGUAGUUUGACUCCUUUUAUCAACUCUGCAUUUGAUGAGCGGAUCGAUGAUAUCAUUCUCGAUGGAGAAAUGCUGGUCUGGGAUCCCGUUUCUGAACGUAACUUGCCAUUCGGGACCUUGAAGACAGCUGCACUUGACAAAUCAAAGAAGGAGCACAAUCCCCGACCAUGCUAUAAGGUCUUUGACCUCCUCUACCUCAAUGGCAUGUCCCUCCACCAGAAGUCGCUCAAGUUUCGCAAACGCAACCUGCGCGCCUGCAUCAAAGAGAUUUCAGGCCGCAUUGAAUUCACCGCGGAGUUCGAGGGCAAGACUGCCAAAGAUGUUCGGCAGAAGAUGGACGAAGUCAUGGCGUCAAGAGGCGAGGGCCUCGUGAUCAAACAUCCAGACUCUGAGUACAUUUUAAACGGGAGAAACAAGGAUUGGAUCAAAGUUAAGCCGGAGUAUAUGUGCUUUCUGGACAAUAUGGGCGAGACCGUGGACGUGUUAGUAGUCGCUGGAAAUUAUGGUACUAGAAAGCGUUCAGGAGGUGUCUCGACACUCAUUUGCGCAGUCCUCGAUGAUCGGCGUCCGGAAGGUGACGAAGAACCGAAGUACAGCACCUUCGUCAGAGUGGGCACGGGCUUGUCAUUUGCAGACUAUGUCUGGCUCCGACAGAAGCCUUGGAAAGUAUGGGAUCAAAAAAAUCCUCCAGAAUUUCUACAAACUGCAAACAGGACAUACGAAGACAAAGGCGACCUGUAUCUGGAACCAGAAGACUCGUUCAUACUGAAGGUUAAGGCAGCUGAGAUCACGACUUCAGAUCAAUAUCAUUUGGGCGUUACAAUGAGGUUUCCUCGAGCUUUAUCAAUUCGUGACGACCUGUCCAUUGCAGAUUGCAUGACUGCAUCAGCUGUUCUGGAGAGCAUGCGUUCCGAGCGUAAAAGAAAGAUGGAAAGUGAUGCUGGUAGCAUGUCCAAGAAGAAGCGAAAGACGAUGGCAAAGAAGGCGAGUGCAACUGUCCUACCACAAUACCAAGGACCUAAUCUACGUGCAGUCGAGAUUGAGUCAGACCUAUUUGAGGAUAUGAAGUUCAUGGUGUCGUCGGACCCAAAAUCACGAACAGGCAAUCAAGACCGUCAGGAACUGAUGAAACUGAUCCAUGCCAAUGGGGGUACCUGCGUGCAGGUCGUUACAUCCCAACAGCCUAUUACAGUCAUUUAUGGUGGCACGAUUACGCCUUACGACAUUAAACUGCUGGUUGACAAAGGCAAUGUUGACAUCAUCAGGCCUCAGUGGGUCACAGAUUGCAUACACCGGGGGGAGCUAGUUCCCCUCAAAAAGAAAUACUUCUUUCACGCAACCCCAGAACGCCAAGAUUCCGACGAUUACCAUCAGAUGGACGCUGACGAGGACCAAGUCAUGACCGAUAGAACUGUAGAGGAAGACGCGAGCUUGAAAAUCCCGACCACCCCAGAAGGCUUCGAGCCGAAACUCGAGGCAGCCGAGGACAUUGAUCCUGGGCUUGCGGACUGGUUUCAAGUGGAUGUCAAGCCUGUCGUACCAGAAGACAGUGAAACGGAGGCUGAGUCUGAUGCCGAUUCGAACAAUGAUGCCAAAGAGGAAGAUAAUGAUGAUGAUGAUGAUGAUGAUGAGUGGUUCCAAGUGCCCCGCAGUCCCGCUGUCAAGCCCCUUGAUGACUCAAGUACCACCCUUCAUUCACAACCAGAGGACGCGACAAUGGGGGAAGAUGACCAAGCGAGGGAAUACGACACAACCGCAAUAUUCAGGCAUCUUUUCUUUUACCUUGACACGCCAGACAAUGCGAAGAAAAACGGCAUGCCGGUGAAGACCAAGCAUGAACAGGAAAUCUCUACGACGUUCGACCAGAUUUCAAGAAGCAUCCAGGAGAAUGGUGGAAAGAUCGUUGCGCUCGACGAUCCCAAGCUCACGCAUGUUAUCUUGGACAAGCGAGAUGACUCGCGUCGACUGACGCUCAUACAGCGUACCUUGAGACCUAAGCGGCGUCGAUUGGUGAUAUCCGAUUACGUUACAGCUUGUUUAGAAGAAGAAUCAUUGCUUGAUGAGGAAGAUUUUGCUCCGUAGUGCUUAUCACGUCUAUAUGUAUGUCCUUAGCUGUACCCUUGUUCAAUGCGUGUUUCCGAUCAG